AUGGAUUCAAACGCUUAUAGCUCGAAGCAGCCUCCUGAACAUUAUAAGCCUUAUGGAAGUGCACGUACGGAUAUAAAGAACAAAAAGACCUUUGAAGAAGAUAAAAAAUUAUGUAAUUUGGUGGAGCAGUAUCCGCAGCUGUAUGACAAAGGACACAAGGGUUACGGUCAGAAAAAGGCUACAGAUGAGGCAUGGCACGCGAUUGCGGACUCGUUGGGGAAGUCAGUGCCUGAAUGCAAGGCCCGUUGGGAAAAACUGCGUGCUGAGUACAUCGCCUAUCUACGUUCCGUAGAGGCCGAUAGAAAAUAAAGACCUCUGCAAUAAAUUUUUUUUUAAAUUCUACAGUGCUAUCUGCGAGUUAUGGACCAAUGAGAGCAGAGUCUAUGCCACAUUAGCAUUUUACAAGUUAUACAAGAUAUCAAAGGAAUGAAAAAUAGUUCAAGCGGGGAUGGCAAUGAUCCAAACGACGAAGUUGCAAUUAAGAAUUAACCAGAACUAUGGCUAUGAAGUAAAACACUAAUAAAUAAUAUGCGACCCAGUACUGAGAUUAUUUAAAUAAUAAUAUAAAUAAUAAAUAUAUUUUAAAUAUUUGCAA